CAACAACGAUUAAGCUCCCCUUAAUAAAUGUUUUAAUUAUUUUCAAUUCUUUAUACUUUAUCAUCAAAGUAAAUUAGAAGCUGCUGUUUGUUCUUUCAUCUUCUCUUCCAUUAUUUAUGUCCCUAACCGACAAGGCACAAUUACUACGAAACAGUAGGGUCAACGACGGAAACCUUGAGGCAGACAACCCACUAGAAGAAGGUGGCCAGCAACAACAGCAGAGACGAGCUGACUAUGGAACUACUACAACAGCAGCGGCGGCAGCAACAACAGCAACCUUUACCGAUCCUCAUGACCACGAUGACGAUGAAGUCGAUGGCGGCAGUGUCUAUGUUUAUUCGUAUCCAACACACUUACAGCCCGGGCACUUUACCUCUUUGGAAAAGCUUUGUUUUUUUCUAAGCUCAUUUUUAUUCAUUUUACUAUGUUUAUUUGUCGGAUUGUAUGCUAGAAAUGCUAUACAAAAACAUCACGAGGAUAAACCUUCUCUUCCUUUGCCUACCUCGUCACCCACCAUGCCAAAACCAAAUCCACCAAAUCACGAAGGAAACCGUACACAACUCAAGACCUAUUGCUUAGAAUCUAACUGCAUUAUCACGGCGGCUCAAAUCCUCCAAGAUGUAGACCAAGAAUUGGAUCCUUGUGAUGACUUUUAUGCAUAUACCUGCAGUCAAUGGCAAGAAAAACAUAUGAUACCAGAGACAAGCAAUAGAAUAGAUAUUCAGUCGAUGACCUCAAAUACAAUUCGACAUCGGUUAGAUCAUAUUUUGACUGCUGAAAAGAGACUCAAAUACAUACAACAUGACUCUUUACCGAACCCAACCGAUAUAUUAGAUCGUCAGCUAUUCAAAAAACUAUCCGAUUUCUAUCGUUCUUGCAUAAAUCAAGAGACGAUUGAACAGCAAGGGGUAGAACCACUUUACACACUUUUGCGCGUGAUACGCCAACACAUUCCUCUCUCUAUGAAUGACCAUCAUCUAGACUUGUCAGCAACCGCUGUCGAUGACGAACAGCGUCAACGUGCCCUCCUUUAUUUAUCGGAGCGCGACGUGUGGCCAUUAUUUACAGUGUCCUCGCCAGUGAUCAUAAAUAAAGAAGGACACCGACGAGAGAUACUAUAUCAAUUAGGGCCAGGGCAAAGUGGCUUGCCAUUUUUUGAGCUCUAUGAGGACGAACAAAAGAUGGCAAGCUAUAUGCAGAUCGUCAUGUCUCUCUUGGAUACAAUUUUUCAAAAAGAUACCUCGAAUGAGUUUGGAUGGAAAACGUGGAGUACUAUAGCCACUGCUCGCCGUAUCAUCGAUUUCGAAAAGACAAUUGCUAGCACUCAUAUCGACGCAUCAAAUGGAACUACUGAAUGGACUUUGAAAGAACUACAGCGUCAAGUACCUGAGAUGGAUUGGACCUUAUUCUUCCCUUACGAAGAAAAGGGACCCUACCGAGAACAAAUCACUAUUCAGAUCCCUUCAGUCCAUUUCAUCGAAAAUAUGAGAAGCAAUGUCUUAAGUAAUAAGAAUGCACGCACUUUACAAAUGUAUUUCAUCUGGCGUACCAUUUGGCGAUAUGUUGAUCUCUUGGGUGAGGAUUUUUUAAUUCAUAAGCGGAAAUGGAUAGCCUUGUUGGAAGGACGAGAGGACCAUGCCAAAGCUAUUCCCGAACGCAGAGACACUUGCAUCCAUAUAAUGGAUCAGAAGAACUCUGCAAUAGGGAUUUUAUUAGGUCGCUAUUAUGUGCUCGAUCAUCAGGCUACUAUUAAAAAAGCAAAGUCCAAGCUAGAAAAGAUAGUAAAACAAUGGGUACAAGAACUUUUGAUAUCAAAAGUGCCUUCUUUGUCAUGGGUGACUACUCAAAGCGAGCAAGUAGAAAUGAUAAAAAAGCUAAAAGCUAUUCAAUUUGAAAUCGGCUAUCCUCCCUCAUCAACAGACAAUGGAAAGGAUUCGAUUCUAUUUGACGUACUCUAUUUAAACGAAUACUUUGGCGAUUUAUACGUUGAUCAGAAUGAUUUCUUUGGAAAUGUGCUACAAAAUACUAGACAUAGUAUGAAGAGCAGAGUAAAUCAACAACAAACACAUAGUGAUGCGAUGAACGCUUGGAAAGUCAGUGUCCAAAGUGUUCAGGUACAUUAUGAAAAAGAGACAAACAAGAUUAUCAUUCCUGCAGGUCUUUUGCAGUUGCCCUAUUUCGAUCCAAAUGGACCCUAUUAUCUAUACUUGGGCGCCAUAGGGGAAAUGGUCGGACAUGAAAUUAUGCAUGAAUUUGAUUCACUGAUCCCAGACACAAGAAUAGCAGGAAGCUAUAUCAAUAGAACAUCUAUAAAUGAUUGUUUAAUCAACCAAUACAACGAUUUGGGUAUCGAUGGUUUGGAAACGGUGAACGAGAAUUUUGCGGAUAAUGGCGGAGUCUCACUGAUUAGACAUUACUUCGAAAGCAACUAUAACAAUAGCAGCAAUACUCGUAUAAAUAGUGAUGGUACAUACAAUAGUAUGACUGAUCAUGUAGCAAAUCAAAUCAUUCCAGGAAUCGAUCAUUGGACGAAGGAACAAAUUGCUUAUAUUCAAUUUAGCAGAAUGAGAUGUAGUAAAGCUAUUCCUGUAAAUCACAGCUUACCUAAAACUACACCUGAUCGCUUCAGAGUAAAUGGCCCGAUCAUGAACUCCUAUCAUUUUUCAAAAGUAUUUUCAUGCAAAAAGGGCUCUCAAAUGCAUCCAGAUACUCACGCAAAAGCGAAAUGCCAAGUUUGGUAAAAUUACUACCCAAAAAAAAAAAAAAAAUCCAGCGUGGAACAAUAAAACGCAG